GUAUUGAUCCAGUAAAAUGGCAGAAGCCAGAAUUUCACAGGAUGAGUUCACGUGUCCAGUGUGUCUGGAUCUCCUGAAGGAUCCAGUGGCCAUUCCCUGUGGGCACAGUUACUGUAAGAUCUGUAUUACAGGCUGCUGGGAUCAGGAGAAUCAGAUGAGAGUCUACAAAUGCCCUCAGUGCAGACAGACCUUCAGUCCAAGACCUGCUUUAGCUAAAAACACCAUGCUGGCUGAAGUGGUGGAGAAACUGAAGAACAUUAAAAUUUCUGCUGACUGUUACGCUGGAGCUGGAGAUGUGCAGUGUGACGUCUGUACUGGAAGAAAACACAAAGCUGUCAAGGCCUGUCUGGUGUGUCUAAUCUCUUACUGUCAAAAUCACCUUGAACAACAUGAGAGUUUAUUUAAAGUAAAGAGACACAAUCUGACUGAAGCCACUGGACGACUGCAGGAGAUGAUCUGCCAGAAACAUGAAAAGAUCCUUGAGGUUUUCUGCCGCACUGAUCAGAAGUGUAUAUGCCUGCUUUGUACGAUGGAUGAACAUAAAAACCACGACACUGUAUCAGCUGCAGCACAGAGGACAGAGAAACAGAAGCAGCUGAAGAAGACGCAGAGGUCAUUCCAGCAGAGGAUCCAGCAGAGAGAGAAAGAUCUUCAGCAGCUGAGAGAGGCUGUGGAGUCUCAUAAGCGCUCUGCACAGACAGCAGUGGAGGACAGUGAAAGGAUCUUCACUGAGCUCAUCCGCUCCAUUGAGAGAAGAGAUCAGGAAAAUACUGCAGUGAGUCGAACUGAAGGACGACUGGAGCGACUGGAGCAGGAGAUCAAUGAUCUGAGGAGGAGAGACGCUGAGCUGGAGCAGCUUUCACACACACAGGAUCACAUCCAUUUCCUGCAGAGUUUCCAGUCUCUCUCAGCUCCUCCUGAAUCUACAGAUGCACUUUCCCCAACAUUGUUCCCAGGACCAGGAACGACUUCCUACAAUGUAAGUCACUAA